AAACCAUAAUGAAGCGUGGCGAGCCAUUUCCAUCAUCAAUCCUAAAAUACAUGAGGACGUACAUGCAACGAUUUGGCUUUUCCUACCUCCUCUUUGACAUCUACAGCCGGAUCCGGAGCUCAACAACAACAACAGCAGGCUUCACACAACAGCCUCAACCUGCCGUCAACUCCGACCUACAACACAACUCCUCCGAAUGUAAUGCUACUCCUGAACUGAGCGGACCUCCCGCCGGCAUGGGACCGAUGCAUCAUAAACCACCAACACAUCUCCGCCAUCCGCCGCCACACGUUCACCAACACGGACCGCCACAGAUGCAAAUGUCCCCGCACGAUCACCGCUGCGGACUAGAGAACCUCUAUGUUCUCUUAUCAUUUCAACACCCAGCAGCAUCUAACGCACCAUCCGAGCCCCGCGGAAAUGAAGCAAGAAGUCACCCAAUAUAAGCGGAAGUGCCGGAGCGGUUCAAACGCAAGAAUCGACGGAAUUUGCGCCACCGACAGGCCAGCGAAGGCCGCCACCGCAUCGAUGAUUCCUGCCAAAAAGUCGUGCUAGCUUAACCUCAUCGAGAACGACGCGGAACAGUGGGUUCCGGACAAUCCAUCCAGAAAGCAGAAAAUACUCGCGCGAUCAGCUGAUGCAGCUCAAGAAUACGGCAACGGCAUGCAAAACAAAAAAACGCGAAUCUGCACAACAGAUUGGAGAACGUCUUGGAGAACUACUCGUGCGUGGUCCAAACGAAAAGGGCAUGAGCGAGCAUCUCCGAGAUGCUUCUGCCACCGUUCAUCAAAGGUUGCAAAAUUAUUUCCGAGAUGCUGCUGCCAGUCCUGCUACUAGUGGCGGAGGAAGAGGAGUCGGUGGCAACAUGAGCCAUAUGAGACAACGAUACAUUCCAAAACGACCGUCUUAGCAGGGCAACAGCGGCCAGUUCGGAUCACAGUCAAACAAACAAUCCCAGCAUGGUUCCGGAUGUGUAUCGCAGGUCCCAGAUGCUCAAAGACAUCCGGGAGAAGACGAUGGGGGUGGACGAACGACCCACGGAAUCGAACUCGGUCGUCGUGGGAUGGCCAACGGCAUCAGAACCAGAAUCUAUGGGAUGGCCAAUGGCCUCAGAACCAGGAUCUAUCUCAGUUAUUUUGAAAACAGUGAAAUUAAGUGCAGUGAUAGUGAAAAUGUUCGGAAGGUUAUUCCAGUAUCAUGUUAAAUUACAAAAAAAUAAUAACAAUCCUAUAUAAUAAUAAAAAACUUGAAUUUUUCUUUAAAAAAAGCCUAAAUAUAACAAAUGACAGCACACGACAAAGGCACGACAUUCUAAAUAACAAAACCGUGCGACAUCGGUCGAAUGUCGUACGACAAUGUCGUACAAUUUCGAUUAUCGAUCGCACGACAAACACGACUUUUUGGUGCAAAAACGUAUGACAUUCGCGCGAAAGUCGCACGACAUUGUCGUGCGACGUCGUACGAGUGCACGGACGACAAACGACGGACGUCCGACGGACUUUUCAGU